AAGAUUAUCAAUUCGGUGGUCGCUUAAAAGGCGUCUAUUGGAGGUUGUUAAGGUUAUAUUCGCCGACCUAUUGACAUUUUUUGUAUUGUAUGCUAUAGAAAAUGGUUCUGAUUAUAAUGCCAACAUUUAUUUUAAAUAAGCGAUACUGAAAAUUUCCACACAAAUUUAGGUGUGAUAAUGUGCAACAAAACUUAUAUGCAAAACAAAUAAAAAGUUACGAGAUAAUGAGAAUGCAAUUAGCUACUCGAAAGUCGAUUUGUCAGAGUUGGCUGAAGACCUUAGGUGGCUACGACUGAAAUACUUAUUGAAAGUUUCUAAAAACACGAUUUUGUAAACAAAACGCUUUGUAAAAUUUAUAAUAUUUCUUGUUGCGGCCAAAUUACAUAAAGAUAAAAAAUGGAAGUGCUGGUAUUUGGUUCAGCGAUAGUAGAUUUCGUCGCUUACACGGAACGUUUGCCAAAAGCUGGUGAGACACUGCAUGGUCACACAUUUUUGACGGGGUACGGUGGCAAGGGCGCAAAUCAGUGUGUUGCUGCUGCACGGCUGGGAGCAAAAUGUGCCAUGAUAGCAAAAUUGGGAGAUGAUACUUGGGGUUCGAACUACUUAAAACAGCUACAGACAGAGAAUGUGAAUGUUGACCACGUGGAGCAGUGUAAAGGAGCAACAACUGGAAUUGCACAGAUAAGUGUUGCAGAUAGCGGAGAAAACCAUAUAGUAAUCGUUGUGGGGGCGAACAAUUUGUUAAGUGGAGAAGAUGUAAAGAAAGCAAAGGCUUUGUUUGAAACUGCAAAAAUAUUAAUAUGCCAAUUUGAGACACCUCUUAAUGCAACAUUGGACGCAUUGCGCGCCUUCAAAGGCAUAUCCAUAUUGAAUGCAGCUCCUGCGUUGGCAGAAACUCCAUCGGAUUUGAUAAAAGCUGCUACAAUCUUUUGUGUAAAUGAAACCGAAGCAGCUUUGACAACGGGUUGUGGAGAUAUCUCUACUUUAGAACAUGCCAAAACAGCAAUGAAGAAACUGCUUGAAAUGGGUGCCAAUAAUGUUAUAAUCACAUUGGGUUCUCUUGGUGCUGUUUACGUUAGAAGCGAAAACCCGCUUCAGUUUAUACACGUACCAGCAAUAAAAGUGACAAAAGUUGUGGAUACAACUGGAGCCGGUGAUGCUUUUAUUGGGGCAUUGGCCUUUAAUAUGGCUCGCUUCAGAGAUUCUCCUUGGUACAAUCUAAUAGGAGCAGCCAAUGAAGUUGCUGCAUAUUCUGUGCAACACCCGGGAACGCAAGCGAGUUUUCCGAAAUCCGAGCAAAUGCAACGCGUAACUGACUACACAUGGCUAGAAAUAUAAAUACCCGAACCAACAAACACGUUUACUUUAUUUUUUAUAUUUACAAAAAUUUAUUAAAUAAAGUCUAGUCUAGCUCGGCAA